AACCUAAAUGAUAACAAGCCGGAGGUAUCUUCGCCGUCCGAACUCAACGCAACUUCGCAACAACAAAAAAAAGACCUGCAACUUUGAUCAUCCAGAACGAUGUCGUACGACGACGUGGAAAUAGAGGACAUGCAUUGGAACGAGGAGUUGCAGGCAUACACUUAUCCAUGCCCCUGCGGCGAUCUAUUCCAGAUCACGAAGGAAGACCUAAAGCUGGGCGAGGAAAUCGCCCGUUGCCCAAGCUGUUCUCUGUACAUCACGGUCAUCUACAACGCCGAGGACUUCGCCGACAACAAAUCUAACAACGGUCUCGACCCUCAAAAAGGGCAAGCCGUCGCCGUUGCUUGAGGCUUUAAAGGUCACUAUUAUUUCUCUGUUUUCUCUGAUUUGAAUCAGCAUUGAUGAGGAAAAUAAUUUAACUUGGCUGUCGUGGGGUUCUAUGUAACACUGGUUAUACUUGAUUGAACAUUGUAAACCAAUUUGAUAGCUUAAAUACAAUAUGAGAUGGAUGCAUAGUUUAUUCAUUUGUUGUUUGAAACUUUAUGUCGGAAAGCUUUCCUUUCUCGUA